CGCGAACUCGUGCUCGGUGGCGAUUUAACGGCAUUAAGCGGCGGCGGGCUGUCGUUAUUCGGCUACCGGAGGGUUAUGACUUUAAACAUGUUCACCUAACCCAUCCUGAGCGGUAGUAAUGCGCUCACGAGUUCGUGAGUUGGCCGAUUGUCAUUUCGACUUAGCUGGCGUUCGCUUAGCCGCCACAGGCUAAUUAUUUAACCCGUGCUGUGAGGUAAAUAUUGACUCCAAAUCACUGGAAACGCAACAAAAACGCCACAACGCGUCCAGAACGCCGACCUACAGCGCUGUUUCAUCGUAUUGGCUGAACGCGAGGGAUUAACGGCAGGUGGAGCUGUGACGAUUGUGUGGAUAAGAACGUUGUGUAGGAUGCAGGGAAACAGAGAAGACGCUCGUUCACCAUGACGUCCCCCCCGCUCUCAUCUCAGCCAUAGGAACACACACACACACACACACACGCAGAAGAACACACACCAUCACACUACAGCCCAGGUGUGUCAGGGUUUGUGAGGUGUGUGCUUUGAGGGAUCAUGUCUGUGGUCUUCACACCUGACGGGAUGUUGGAGGGCGACGGCUCUCUGUCCACCGAUGCUUCCGUGGGCAUUCGUGGCAAAAUCAGCCCGACGGCACUCGCAAAAGACGCCAACUCCGACAGCACAGAACCAGACGACAACCUCUCCCAGGAUGCACAGCGGCGCUGUCAGAAUCACGGCCACACUAGGAAACGAGCCAAGUCGAAUGCGAAGCUGAAGCUGGUGAGGAGUCUUGCAGUUUGUGAGGAAUCUUCAGGACCGUUUUCGACCGACGGUCCUCCAGAAUCACAGGACAUCAUUCAGCUUCACAUCAGCUGUCCGUCCGAUAAAGAGGAAGAGAAAUCCUCGAAAGACGAGUACGAGAAUGAGGAGAGGGAAAAGAAGGAUAAAACUCCACGCAAGAUGCUCUCGCGCGACUCCAGUCAGGAAUACACUGACUCCACAGGGAUUGAUGUGCACGAGUUCCUGGUGAACACACUGAAAAACAACCCCAGAGACAGAAUGAUGCUGCUCAAGCUGGAACAGGAUAUACUGGAGUUCAUUAAUGAUGAGAAUAAUCAGUAUAAGAAGUUUCCUCAAAUGACCUCAUAUCAUCGCAUGCUGCUGCAUCGGGUCGCUGCCUACUUUGGCAUGGAUCACAACGUGGACCAAACAGGCAAAGCGGUCAUCAUCAACAAGACCAGCAACACACGCAUCCCCGAGCAGAGGUUCUCGGAGCACAUUAAAGAUGAGCGCAACAUGGACUUCCAGAAGAAGUUCAUCCUGAAGCGAGACGAUGCCAGCAUGGAUAAAGACGAUAAUCAGAUCCGGGUACCGCUGCAAGACGGCCGCCGCAGCAAGUCCAUCGAGGAGCGAGAGGAGGAGUACCAGCGCGUCAGAGAUCGCAUCUUUGCACGAGAAUCCUCACAGAAUGGAUACAUCAAUGAUAACAGGGGUAACAGGGAAAGCUCCAGCCGGGCGUCUAGCAGUCGCCAGAGCAGCACCGACAGCGACAUGAAGAGCCUGGAGCCGCGUCCGUGGAGCAGCACAGACUCGGACAGCUCCAACCGUACGCUCAGACCUCCGGUCACCAAAGCCAGCAGCUUCAGCGGCAUCUCCAUCCUCACGCGCGGAGACAGUCUGGGCAGCGCCAGGAGCUCCCGCACAGGUAACACACACACCCUUGCUGACCGUCCGUCUGCGCAGGCUGUGUCUUAUUCAAACCCUUCGUGCCCUCAGGUCAUCCUGCCUGUUUCUCCUUCCCAGCAAUACAACAUGGGAGAUGAGUUGACUCCAGGUUUCAGGCAGAUGUCUCUCAGCCGUCAGAGCUCCAGCGAGGCACCAGAGCCACCCAGCCUAUACCAGCCUCCACCCGCCGUACUAUCCCAGCAUCCUCCACCACAGCCCAGCUACAUCAUGCCCCCGCCGCCCUCUGGAUACCAUAGCACUAAUAGAGAAAUUCAACCACGAUCGAAUGAUAAGAGCAGGUGUGUGAGAGUGUGUGUGUGUGUGUGUGUGUGUGUGUGUGGUAUCAGAGGUAAUGAUAUGCAGUAUGUGUUGUCGUCAUCAGACUUUCUCUCUCUCUCGUCUCAGAUCCAGAUUCAGUAUUAUUCCACCGGAGGACAGUAUCCGAAUUCAGGCCAGCAGUAUCGCUCCAUCUCUCACCAGGUGUCGUAUCCCGCACAGCGCUCUCAGCCGCUGCCCCCGCCGGCGCAGCCCUCCGCUCCUCUCCAGCCCAUGAUGACUAAUCAGCAGCCUGCGUAUCAGAGCAUGAUGGGAGUCCAGCAGCCUCAGAGCGCCAGUAUGAUGAACACGCAGCGCACGGCCAUGAACGGACAGAUGCCGGGCAUGAUGGUCCAGUACCCACCCAUGCCCUCCUAUCAGGUGCCUGUAGCUAAUGAGAGUCAGUCUGUGGUGCAGCAGCAGUACCAGCAGCCCGUCAUGGUUCCCGCCAGUCAGUCUGUGCAGGGAGCCAUGCCGACCGCGGCACCCAUGCCUGUCUACUACAGCGUACUGACGCCCACACAACAGAACAGCACAAGUCCAUCUGUUGGUUACCUGCAGCCGCCCAGUUCAGAUCAGUACCAGAUGACCCAGUCUGCCUCGCCCUGCAGCCCACAGCCAAUGCAACAGCAGUAUUCAGGGGUUCCUCCUCCUGGUCCUAGUGUCAUGGUAAUGCAGCUCAGUGUCCCUAACGGACCGCAGCCGACCCAGAAUCCUCCGCUGGUGCAGUGGAACCCCUGCAAGUACUACAGCAUGGAGCAGAGACCCAGCAACCCCGAGCCGCAGAGAGUGUGUGUGUGUGUGUGUGUGUCAGCAGAUGGACGCUACUCUUUACUGGGGCAGCCACUGCAGUACAGUCUGUGUCCUCCCAUCAUGCACAACCACAACCAGUCCUCCUACAGCUCCCAUCAGAGUCAGGGAGUGAUGAAGCACGGAGCGCGGGGGAAAAGACAAACGCUCAAAUCUGCCUCUACAGACCUCGGGACUACUGACGUGGUGGUGAAUCGGGUGCUGGAGGUCACAGACCUCCCCGAGGGCAUUUCCCGUCCGGAGGCCGAGAAGCUCUUUAACCAGCUCUCGCUCUGCGGUGCCAAGAUCCAGUGGCUGAAGGACUCUCAGUGUCCCCGGGGCCCCGGCGGCGGCGGAGGAGGACGUGGAGACGCCAGGGACCCCGCUAACCUCUACACCGUGGUGGCCGUGUUCCCCAACACCAUGGCGGCCCAGAGCGCCUCCUUCAGACUCAACAACAGUGGGGGGAGUUUGUUCAAACUGCGCGCCACCAAAAAGAACUAUGACUUGCGUGUGCUGGAGCGAGCGAGCUCGCAGUGAGUCGGGAGAGAGAGAGAGGAAGUCGAAGAUGUCAAAGGGAAGAGAUCAUCCUGGAGUUCCUUAGGGAUCUUUUUUAUUGUUUGUAUCAUUACCAGAAGAGCACAUAUGACACAGAAGUGUGUUGCGUUGUACGUGUGUCGUAUGACGCGCACACACACUCAUAGACACAACCGGGCAAAUUCA